AUGGCCUCCGCCUUAGCGAACAUCUUAAUAAACGAAGUGCUCGGAUACCAUGCGGUGGUACUUCCGGAGAAGCUCCCCGACAGUUUCGACGCGAUUCCUGCUCUAGCUGGCUGCACAGAUAAAGAUUGUUCCAGCCGGCAGGUGCGAAGCCACGUUGCGUUGGAUUUCUGGAUUUCCGACAAAAGCGCGGAGCUUCGCCGCUUCGAGACGGAGAACCCUGGCCUUAGCCCAGAGAACGUGGGAUCCAUGGGUUACGUGGGCGAGAACUCGCUCUGCGUGAAUGGUGCUGUACGGAAUGCAGCGUACAGCGCUGAAGGUUUAGCCCUGGAGUUCUACAAGAGCUACAAUGCGUCCUUCCACUCUGCGUAUCAGUUUUUCGAUCGUCUUUCCGAUCUUCGUGCAGACGAUUUUCUUCCGUGUAACACCAGCAACACCAAGUUUACACUGCAUGUACAGUUGGAGGCUUAUGUACGAUGGACCGGUGACUCAGAAGGCGUCGUCAAUGCCACCGAUGGGACGUUGAUGGCGAAGUGUCCGGACGACCGUUUUUGGAUUUCCCCGGCUUGCCGACACGACGUCGAGAAGUGCAUCCCAGUGGUGGCCGCGGGUGAUGGCUGGUUGGUGGGCGCAUUUAUGCAAUGGGCGGCAUUCCACGGCAUGCCCUUCGCCAUUGGGAUAUCGAAAGGCUUCCCGCAGUACGCGUCCAUGUCGGCGAAUGCCCGGACACUGUUUCAUUGCUGGUUGCCGGACGCUACCCACGUCCAGAUCGACCCAUCGUUGCUGCACUUUCCUCGCCACAAGGCCAUCGAAUGGGCAGAGAAUUAUUACCGGACUUCGGAUGCCCAAAGCAGCAUUGUCAAGUUCGUGUCGCGUGAUCUCCGAUCCCGAGCGCCGAAUGUCGUUAAGUUCUUAGAAAGCUUUGAGUUCGAGCUGACAGAGAUGCAGGACCUCCUGACCCAGGUAGUGGUGGGUGCAUCGGUUACAGAAGUUGCCUGCGAAUGGAUCCGCUCCCAGCGCAGUGUAUGGCAGAGGUGGGUUCCCAUUGAAACGCAAUGCUUACAAGGCUACGGACUCGCAGAUCCGCUCGGCGAGCAUGUUAGCACUCGGGCCCAGGCUACAGGUUGCAGCCUCUGCCCUGCUGGAAAGGCUUCCGAGCCCUACGCGGAUGAGCUCGGUCCCACGCACCGCUGCAUCCCCUGCAGACUUGGCACCUCACAGAGUACCUUUGGGGAGACGUUCUGCGGGCAAUGCGACAUAGGGACCUACGCCAACGAGGAAGGCAAAGCUUACUGCAGCCGAUGUCCCCUGGGACGCUACACGAACGCAUCAGGAGCGACCGACUGCGUUGCGUGCAGCGGAGGCAACCGAUCGACGACCCUGAAAGCAGUGAUGAAUGAUGGAAAAGAGAAGUGGAUCGAGGUCGAUGGCGCCGUUUCGGAAAGCUUCUGCGGCUGCGUCGAGGGCUGGUACUUGAGCAGCAAUGGUUUGUGCACACCUUGCAUGCGGGGCGCCCUUUGCCCUGGGUCCAUCGAAGUGGAGCUGCUGCCGGGAUACUUCGCCGUGGAGGAGGAGCCGGGCAACAUUUUCCGAUGCUUCGGUGACGGCUCCCGAUGUCCGGGCGGAGCCCUUGGAACCUGCGCCGAAGGUCGCGACCCUCGCUCUGUGACCUGCUACGAUUGUCUGCCGGGACUCCAAGCUCUCCGCGAUGGGACCUGCGGCCCUUGCACCGGCACUUCGUACGCCGUUAUUCUUUUGGCGGCCGUCGUGAUUGUGUGCCUCAUCGCCGUGCUUUACCUUUCCCUCAACGUAGAUGCUGACCGGGCCACUCAAGUGGCACACCUCUCCAUCGUCGCACUGGCCCUGAGUCAGCUUCUGACUGUGGCCCAGCAGCUCGCUGUUAUCAACAAGCUGCUCAGCUUUUCGUGGAUGUGUGAUUGGUAUCCUUCUUUUUAG